AGAGGAGGAGGAAAAAGAAGAAGAAGAAGAAGAAGAAGAAGAAGAAGAAGAAGAAGAAGAAGAAGAAGAGCAAAAAAAGCGAAACAAACAAACAGCUGAGCGGUAGAAGGUUAUCGCACACAACUGCGAGAAUGAAGCCGCACAUACAGUGACAACACACGCUACACUUUCCUGGUUAUCUACAAACUACAGCCGUUUGGGAAUAAAACGCUCAAUGUACAUCGAAAAGGGGGCUAUUCAGACACGUUUAUGACAAAGGUCGAAACUCUGGGCAUCUGUGAGUAUUUUAUAGGAAGAUGUAUGGCGCUGUGUACGUCGUGUCCACGGUGACAGGCUACCUCCUCACCUCCGCUCUGCUGCUUAAAUGUCCUGCUCUACUACACCGGAAGAAGAGGGAGGUUUUCCACAGCAGGCACAUUUCUCAUCGUGGAGGAGCAGGAGAGAACCUGGAGAACACAAUGGCAGCUUUUAAACACGCAGUGGAUCUUGGCACAGACAUGUUGGAGCUCGACUGCCACCUGACAAAAGAUGGGCAGGUUGUGGUGUCACAUGACCGACAUCUGCAGAGAGCAACAGGCAUUGAUGCGUACAUCUCUGACAUGCCGUAUGCGGAGUUGCCGCCGUACCUCUGCAAACUGGGUGUAACCUUUGAAAGGGAGUAUUUCUGUGAGGGGGGGGAAGAUAAACGCAUCCCUCUGCUCAAGGACGUUUUUGAAGCCUUUCCAAAAACCCCUGUCAACAUUGACAUCAAGGUCAAUGACGACACACUCAUCAAGAAGGUGUCUGAGCUGGUCAUAAAAUACGACAGAGAGCAUCUUACAGUCUGGGGCAACGCUAGCAACCAGAUUGUCAGGAAGUGUUACAAAGAGAACCCUCGCAUUCCAGUGUUGUUCAGCUUUCCCAGAGUGUUGCAGUUGUUGGGCCUCUUCUACACCGGCCUUCUCCCCUUUAUUCCAUUAAAGGAACAGUUCCUGGAGAUCCCAAUGCCCACAAUUAUUACCAAACUGUAUGAUCCAAACAGAAUAACCAGAAGUCAGCGCUUCAUCACCUGGCUUGCAGACAGCUUAUUGAUGAGGAAAGCUCUCUUCCAGCAUCUCACUGCCAGAGGAAUACAGGUGUACAUUUGGGUGCUGAACGAUGAAGAAGAUUUCCAGAGGGCAUUUGCUUUGGGAGCCACAGGGGUUAUGACAGACUUUCCAACCAGGCUAAAAGACUUCUUGGAUCAGCAUGGCCUUUCCAAGCCUCAAUAACAUACCAGCUACAUACACCUCAAGCCCUUUACAGCACACAUUAUUGCGGUUGUGCUUCAGCAAAACCACUAAUAAGUCUUAUUCAUUUAUCCAUUUUGAUCACUAUUGAAAAAAAAAAGAAGCCCAAUUAUUUCUACUUGAAAGUAACUUUGUUUCCAAGUUAGCAGUACUUUUUACUCAAAAUGUUCCAGUAAAUCACAUCUUUUGCAGCCACUUUGAUUUGUUCUCUUUUUAAAAUCUGUCUCCGAGCAGUGUGCACUGGUAGAAUAGUGGUCUUAACGGGCUGCUGCCUGCAGUGAAAAACGUCUGCCAUGACAAAAAAUAGUCUAGGUGGGCCGCGUUUUAAUUUUAAUUGACAUGGUCAGCGUGGGCAUUAGCCAGCAUGUGAGUAAAAACACUGGAAAGUUACAUGACAUUUCUACAUAAUGUCGUAGUGCCAUCAUUUUUCGCUUUCAGAGCCAUUUGCACGAAAAAGGGUAUUUAUAAACUGUUGAUUGCAAUGAGUGUCGUCAUCUGUGUUAGUGACAGUAAAGAGUAUUUUAAAAAAUAAUAAUAAGAGGCUGUGUCAUAAUGAUUGACUUUGUUGUUGUGUUUGUGAAAAAACAAAAAGAAUGAGGAUUAUCAAACAUUCUGUAAGCCAGAAUGUCAGAUGAGUUGAAUGUCAGAGCACAUUUUUUUCCAUGCGUUCUUUAGUUUAGUCAGUGAGUUUAUCUUGUUUAUGUAUCAAUAUGUAAUAUAAAGUGAGUACCUCCCCCAAAACAUGUUUUGCAAGAAUGUCCUCGGAUCUACCAGUAUUGCAGAUCUCACAGCAAUUGAUCGUUUGUAUUUUAUUUGUAUUUCAUGUCUUUUUUUUUUUUUUUUUUUUUUGCACGCUCUUGUAUUUUCUAGUGUCUUUAUUUUAAGUCCUCAGGGUGUUAACACUUUCACUUCUUUCUUCUCCAUGCUAUACAAAUGGUUAUGGGGUUUAUUGUAAUUGAUUUGUGGAAAUAUUGAAAAUAUUGUGUAAGUGCAAAUUUUAUUUUUAUUAUGCAAUAAAUGUGAUAAAAUCAA